AUGACAGACAAACACAUCGACCUUGCAGGAGAGAAAAUUGCUUAUAUGUUAGCCGCACCGGAAUUAGCACAUUCUCGUUCCAUAGCAAAAUGCAUAAAAUACCAGACUGAUUUGCAAAAAGAAAUAGCUAUGGUCACGUCUAUCCCUGUGCCGGAUGUUGAAAACCUAAAUAUUAGUUGGUCACAACUUGGAAAUGAUAGAAGAUCAAGAGUUAAAGUAGCUAUGGCAACUCUAAUCGAAAAUAUUGAUAGAGAGGGAUUAUUUACUAUGGCUAAAAAGGUAUGUCGUUUCAAAGGAUUGAUCUUGAGUAUAGAUAGGCCAACUGCAUAUAUAAAAAAUGCUAAACUUGACAAUGCCGGUUUUUGUGUCCUAACUUCUAUAAACAACAGUUCGUGCACACUUAGUCCUUUUUGGGAACCAAGACUGGCAACAAUACUUUUUUCGUGUUAA